CUGGGUUUCUUCUUGCUCCCUUCGUCUGGGUUUCUGCUUGCUCCCUUCGUCUGGGUUUCUUCUUGCUCCCUUCGUCUGGGUUUCUUACUCUCGAUAGAGUCUGAUGUGAAUUUGGGUCUGCUAUACUCUAAAUCCAGGAUUGAGGUUUGGAUGUUAAUAUGGGCAAUCCGUUGCGAAGUCCCGUCAGUAGAGUACCCAACGAGGUCAUGACCAUGAAGCUUAUUGUUGCGGCAUUUGUGGGUGUAGUAGUUGGCUGCUCCAUUGGAUUGUCAUUUCCCGUGCUUUCAUUAACUAAACUAAAUCUUCCAUCCAAUAUUUUUCCAACUCUUGGUCUCGCAUAUCUUAAUGGAAGAUCAAGAAGCUCAGACCGCUCCAGGGAGUUAUUUCUUGAUGGUCGGCCCCUUGUGAAGAAUAGUCAUAGCAACUCAAACCAAACACGGAUAUUGAAUGGAACAUCAAAGAUUUGGGCCCCAUCAAAUCCCCGAGGUGCAGAAAGUUUACCUCCAAAAAUCGUCUCUUCUGAAUCAGAUUUGUAUGCACGUAGGCUGUGGGGCAAUCCUAGUGAGGACCUGAUCACCAAGCCGCAGUACCUUGUAGCUUUUACCGUGGGUUACAAUCAAAGAUACAAUAUUGAUAGAGCAGUCAGAAAGUUUUCAGAUCAAUUUGUUAUCCUUCUCUUUCAUUAUGAUGGACGAACAUCAGAAUGGGAUGAAUUUGAAUGGUCUAAGCGAGCCAUUCAUGUUAGUGCUCGUAAGCAGGCCAAGUGGUGGUAUGCCAAACGAUUUUUGCAUCCUGACAUUGUUGCACCAUUUGACUACAUUUUUAUUUGGGAUGAAGACCUUGGAUUGGAUCAUUUCGAUGCGGAAGAAUAUAUAAAGCUAGUAAGGAAGUAUGGAUUAGAAAUUUCACAGCCUGGUCUGCAACCAAGUAAAGGUUUAACGUGGCGAAUGACAAGGAGAAGAGAUGGUAGCGAAGUUCACAAAGAGACUGACGAAAGACCAGGAUGGUGCAUUGAUCCUCAUUUGCCUCCCUGUUCUAGUUUUGUUGAGAUCAUGGCUCCAGUUUUUUCCCGUGAGGCGUGGCGUUGUGUUUGGUAUAUGUUACAGAAUGAUCUAGUCCAUGGAUGGGGUCUUGAUUUCCUCCUUAGAAGAUGCGUGGAUCCUGCACAUGAAAAAAUUGGGGUUAUAGAUGCCCAGUGGAUUGUUCACCAAGGACUGCCUUCGCUUGGAAGCCAGGGAGAAUCAAAAAAUGGAAAGGCAGCAUGGGUAGGGGUGAGUGAACGGUGUAGAAGAGAAUGGACAAUGCUUCAGAGUCGGUGGGUAACUGCGGAGAAUGCAUACUUGAGUGAUGUUGAGGAUGGGAUCAUCCCUUCACCUCAAGUAAUCCAUUAGAGAACAAAGCCGAUAGCCAUUAGAGUUGUAGGAUACAACACGUAGUCUAGCUCAAAAUUUAAGUUCACUGAUAUGAGAGAGGCAAGUUGUUGAGUCAUUACUUGGAUCAAUUUUCUAUUUGUACAAUUCAUUUUGUAACACUAUUACAUAUAGAAUUGAAUUCUGAAAGGGUUGUGGAAUGUAGUUGAUGGGAGAUCUGAAUUGUAAGGAAGUGAUAGUUAGUGUAGCCCCAUAUGCAGCCUCUCAGUUCUGAUUUGAAUGACUUGGUUGGUUCUGAAACAUGUGAGAUUAUUGUUUGUUUUGGUACCUUAAAGCUUCCCAGCUGUGAGACU